AUGGCUUUGAGUCUUUGCUGUGCCUGGAUUUCCAUCCUCCUCCUCCUCCUGCCCAGCCUCUCACACGGAGGGAAGCUCCUGGUGGUGCCCAUGGUGGGAAGCCACUGGCUGAGCAUGCAGGAAGUGGUGGAGAAGCUGAGCGAGAGAGGACACGAGGUGGUGGUGCUGGUUCCCGAGGUGAGCUGGCAGAUGGAGACCACGCAGGCCUACAAGGUGGUCACGCACCCAGUGAGCCAGACCCUGGAGGAACUGGAUAACUCCUUCCAGGAAUACGUGGCUGUGCACCUGACGCAGAAGCCUUUCCCCCUCAAUGCCCUGGCCAUGUACAAUACCUCAGUGCAUGUUUUCAACAGCUUCUUUGGUCAGUGCAAGGACCUGUUCCGCAGCCAGGAGACCCUGAGGUUCCUCAACCAAAGCGGCUUUGAUGCCCUCCUGACGGAUCCGGCCUUCAUGUGUGGAACCAUCCUUGCCCACCAUCUUUCUCUUCCCUUUGUGUUCUUCAUGAGGGGAUUCCCUUGCAACCUGCACUUUGCAGCCCCACAGUGCUCAAGCCCUCUGUCCUACGUCCCAAGACUCUUCAGCUUCAACUCAGACCACAUGACUUUUUUCCAGAGGGUGGAAAACACCCUGAUUUCCCUCCUGGAGCUUGAUUACUGCAACGGUUUUUAUGGGGAAGCACUUAAGCUUUCCUCAGAAGUUCUUCAGAGGGAUGUGUCCCUGAUGGACCUGGUGAACUCCGCUGCCAUUUGGAUCCUGCGGUUUGACUUUGUGUUCGAGUACGUCAGGCCAGUGAUGCCCAACAUGGUCUUUGUGGGGGGGAUCAACUGUGCGAAGAAGAAACCACUGCCUAAGGGUCGGGCUCGGCGCUCCGCACGGCCCGCCCGCUCUGCGAGGCCCUCCCCCGCCGCCUUCGGGCCGGGGACGGCGGGCUCAGAUCUGCCGCCACCGAGGCGGCUCCCGGCGAACAGCGGCGGCUCCGAGCAGCCGCAUGGCGGCCACGUGGCGCUGGGGAGCCGGCAGCUCCCAGCGGCGAUAUUAAAAGCUGCGAUGGAGGGAUGGCGGUGCGCUGUCUAG